CAUAAUAUUUAUUGCUUUUAAAUGACAACUUAAUGAGUUCUUUUAAUAGAGCUCUUGAGAAAUAUGCAGGUUUAUAUUAUUAACUAGCUUUUCAAUUAUUAAACAGCCAAGUUUGCUGCAUCUAUAAAAGAGAUAUUUUGCAUAUGGAGUAUUGAAAGUUGAUAAAAUUGUUAAAUAUAAUUAGUGGUCAAUUCGGAGUUUUUCCAAGAUGGGUAAGAAUCCAAAGAUGUAAAGAUAUAUUUAAAGUGUUGGAAAAAUUGAUCUCUAACAGAGUUUUUUUUAAGAGAUUUGUAACAAAACAUUGUGCUCUUGACCAGUGGAUCCAUUUGGAACUCCGUCUCGACGGAUUUUUCUCGGUUUUUCGGAGUUUCGGAGUUCGAGACAAAUCGAGAAACUUCGACGAAACUUCGACGAAGUUUUUAGAAAAUACCAAUUUUUUAUUCGUAAAAUAAUUGAAUUCUUAUUUUAUUUCUACGUGGUUUUUACAAUUGUAAAUUGUAUUUUUUAAAAUUGUUUCAAAUGUAAGUGUUCUCUUCGUUUAAUAACAACACUAAUAUACAUUGCAAAGCAAUUGGUAAUGCACAGUGGGCCAGGUGAUGAUGGUGAAAAAAACCUCAAAAAAAGUUUAUUCUAUUCAAAACCAUAUAUUAAAACAUGCUCAUACUUUUCCAUUGUACUAUUUUAAAAACUCUUUUGUGUAUAUUAGUAUCUUUUUAGUAUUGAUAUUUUUUUAAAUCCACAAAAAUCAAUUGCGGUAUAAUAAAAUGUAAUGCAUAAUAAAAAGCAAGAAUUUUUUAAUUUUUAAGCAAAGAUAUAAUAAACAGUAACUUUUAAAAUAUUAUGCGAAUGUGAUAUUAGUUUAUAUAUUUUAACUACUCAAUAGUUUACCUUUACAAAAAAAAAGUUUAGUCAAGAUCAUUAUUUAUAAUAUAAACAAAGACUGGUCGUAAAAUAACGAGAAAAAAAUGGUUUCGGAAGCGUGGAAGUACUUUAAUAAAGUUGUGGUAAAUGAUAAGAAGUAUGGAGAUUGCAAAAAAUGUCAUAAAAGAAUCGCUUGUCCAGGAAGCAGCACAAACGGCCUUAUUGGACACGUCAAAAGUUGCGAGAAAAUAGAUUUGAAACCAUUCAGUUCCAGACCAGUUUUGACUAAAAUGUCAUUAAACGAUCUUCUUGCCAAGUUGACAGCUCUUGAUGGGUAUUUGAUUAGGUCCAUAACUCAAUCUGAAACACUAAGAAUGCUUUUUGAAAAUUACGGGCAUAGUUUGCCUAAGUCAGUGUCCGCAAUUUCAGAAAAAAUUAAGAUGUUUCAUGCUGAAGCCAAAUACUUAAUGAUUGCUGAAUUGGCUGCAUUGAAAGCAAAAGGAGAAAAAUUUGGACUAACAGGUGAUGAAUGGUGUAGCAAUAGAGGUAGAAGAUACUACAAUUUAAAUGUUCAUCACGACAGAACGUAUUGUUUAGGAGUGAUGAGAUUGCCAUCUCCUAGUUCUGCUGAAACAUUAAACAUUUUGAUAAUGGAAAAAUUAAAAGAAUUUGGUAUAGUUAGUGAAGAUAUUGCAGGUAAAACUACGGAUGGCUGUAGUUGGAUGGUGAAAUUGGGUACCAUAUUUAAGUUUCCACAUCAGAUCUGCCAGAAUCAUUCAAUUCAUUUGAGUGUUUGUGAUUUGAUAUACGCUAAAAAAGAUUGUCGUAAAAUUGUGAACAAAGAAACUGAAUCGAUUAUUGAAACAGAAACAGAAACUGAUGGAGAGUCUGAAGGAGAGUUUCUUAUUGAAUAUUCGGAGAAUGAGAUUGAGUAUGAAGAAAAUAUCGAAAAAAAUCUACAGAAACUUCGAAUACUAAUUAAGUUUUUGAAAUAUUCAUCGUUUCGAUAUGAAGUUCUUAAAAGAAAAAUACACGAAAUAUACGGAUCUUCGCAUGACAAAGGACUGUUGUUCGACAACCGAACAAGAUGGAACAGUGUUUUUAAGAUGAUUAAAAGAUUUCUGGAUUGCUUAGAAGCUGUAAAAAAAACACUCGAAGAGCUAAACUGCUUAAACAUGUUAGCUGAAAUUGACUUGGAUUUCUAAAAUCGCUGUCUGACUUAUUGGAAGUCAUUGCUGACACUGCAGUUCGCUUGGAAAAACCAAAUACAACAAUUUUGGAGUGUGACAUUAUUAUGGAAACGUUAGUAAGGAAAUUGAAGGUUGCAGAAACUGACAUCAGUUCUAAUUUUGCAGAGACCUUAAUCUCCAGAUAUGAAGAUCGUAAAAACGUUAUGUUGGUAUCAUUGAGUCGUUAUUUGCACAAUCCCGAUUUUUUUAAAAAUAAAAACCACACAUUUUUUUACACUUCCAAAAAAGAUAUUCAAAUUUAUGCUUCAAAAUUAUUUGAUCAACUAAUUGCAACAAAAGAAAAUAGUCUCCAAUCAAAAUCAGAUGAUCACGCUAAAAACAAACAAGAAGAACCAUCAUAAUUGACAUCUUUUUUCUCCGAAAUUCAAGAAGUUCUAAUUCAAAAUCAAUCAGCAGCUAAAAAACCAAAAAAAGUCAAGACCUUCACUGAUCAGUUGAAAGAAUAUGAAGUAACUGGUGUGAAAUUAGAAACAGUUUUAAAAUUUGAACUAACCAUCCACAGAAUUCAAGCAACUUCCUCGGAAGCAGAAAGAGUUUUCUCCUCGUCUUCCAGAUUUGUCACAAAGUUUCGUAGUUCGCUUUCUGAUGAAAUGAUAGAUGUUUUGAUCUUUUUAAAAUAUUAUUUAAAAAGAUCUUCAGUAUAAAUACUUUUUUUUUCAAUUUUUUUUUUUUAAUUUUUACUAUAGGUGCCCCAACAAGUCUUUAUUGCAUAGCAACGCAGAAGGGCAUUUAACUGAAAGUUCACGCCUUCUUCCUAACCAAUGCCGGUUAGAAAGCCAAUUAUUAGAUAUAACUUGUUCGUUAAA